AUGACCAUGGACUUUCGUUCAAUUGUCUUCGCAAUCGCUCUACUCAUUUUCGCAGCGAAAACAUCUGCAUUAAACUCAACAGCAGCGGCAGUAACAAACUCCACGAAAAUAACUGCGACAGGCACAAAAACAGUCACAAACACAACGGCAGUAGCAGUGACAAAAACAACAAUAAAAUCUUCGCUUUCUAACUGUACGAAACAGUCUCAAUGCGCAAAAACACAUUUUUGCAAUACAAAACUUCGAAUCUGUUCAUUGAAGUUAUCAUUGAAUAGUACAUGCAGUCAAGACAAAGAAUGCUCAAGCAACAAAUGUCAUGAUAAACUAUGCCGACAAUCGUGUAGUCAAGACAAAGAGUGCUCAACGGACAGAGAAUAUUGCACAAUAUCACAUUAUUGUGCCAAGAAACAUUGUGGAGCAUGUAUACGCAAUGCUCAAUGUGCAAACAAUAAGUGCCACAUUUUCCGUUGCUCAACAGAUACUUGUACAGCGAAGUUGAACGCGCUUAAGAAAUCACGUUGA